AUGUUCCUUUCAUCCAUCUCUCACAAUAAUGAUUUAACAACAACAACAACAACAACAACUGUCAUCCCUGUGCUGUGCAAGCGUCGACUUGUUUCAUUCCUCCUAUUUUCAAUCCACACAAUCCUUCUGAUUCUUCUCUUCACACCAACAACAACAGCGACACCAACAACCCAAUCUCGAGAAGCCAUCACCAUUUCGAGAUCAUCAUUUCGUGAAGAUUUCCGCUCUUUUUCGUCCAUCAUUCAUUCACACAGCACCAUCAGCACCACCACCACCACUGUGAAUUUAACACCCUCUCAAAAACUCGAUCAAUUACGAACACUCAUGAAACAAUAUUCCAUAUGGGCUUAUAUUAUUCCUUCUUCCGAUUCUCACAUGAGUGAAUAUGUGGCAUCGAGUGAUCAGAGAAGAGCUUUUAUUUCUGGAUUUGAUGGAAGUGCAGGAACUGCUCUUGUGACUUUGGAUGGUGCAUUGUUGUGGACUGAUGGAAGAUAUUGGCAGCAAGCUCAAAAUCAAUUAGAUUUUAGAUAUUGGAAGCUCAUGAAGGAUGGAGUGGAUGUUUCAAUUACGACAUGGUUGAGUUUGAAUGUGAUUGGAAAUGAGAGUGUGGGACUGGAUCCUUUUUUAUAUUCUGUGAAUCAAUUUAAAGAAUUGCAAAACACCCAUGUCAAUAUUAAAUUAAUUUAUCAAAAUUUAGUCGAUUUGAUAUGGACUUCAAGACCAUCACCUCCAAAUGGAAAAAUAUUUGAAUUGGAUCUUAAAUUUUCAGGACGAUCAGCCAGUGACAAAUUCUUUUCCAUUCGAAAAUCAAUGCAGUCUUCAAAGGUUGCCAUUUAUAUUGUGACAGCUUUGGAUGAAAUUGCAUGGUUUCUUAAUUUACGUGGUGAUGACAUUGAGUACAAUACUGUAUUCUUUAGUUACUUGAUUGUGACCAUGAAAAAUGUUUAUUUAUUUGUCGAUGAGAAGAAAUUUGAAAAUUCCAAUCUAUCCUUACAUCUUGAAUCAUUGGGUGUGAUCAUCCAACCUUAUUCAUCCUAUUUAGAUUCAUUGAUUGAUUUGAUUAAUACUUUGAGACAAAAUCAAACCUUGACAACCUUUAUAGAUCCUCAAUUUUGCAAUUAUGCCACCUUCUCUUCCAUUCAAUCCUUAUCAAUAAUCAAAACAGGAAAUAGUUUUAUUCGUUUAGAAAAAGCUUACAAAAACGAAAUUGAAAGAGAAGGAUUUAAAAAUUGUCAUUUACGUGAUGGAGCAGCUGUGGUUCGUUAUUUGGCAUGGCUUGAAGACGCACUUGUCCAUCAAAAACUUGACAUUAAUGAAUAUGAAGGAGCUCAAAGAUUGGAAAAAUUCAGAGCUCAAGGAGAAUAUUUUCUUCGUCCAAGUUUUGAAACGAUUAGUUGUUAUGGUGAAAAUGCAGCGAUUAUUCAUUAUUCACCCAAUGUCAAGGUUCAUUCUCAAAUUUCGACAAGUAAUGUCUAUCUAUUGGAUAGUGGAGGUCAAUAUUUGGAUGGAACUACAGACAUGACUCGAACUGUGCAUUUUGGAAUUCCCAACGCUCAUAUUAAGAGAAGUUUCACACGAGUCUUGCAGGGACAUAUUGCACUUAGUUCAUUAAUAUUUCCUGAGGGACUUUCUGGAGACAAAAUGGAUGCAUUUGCAAGACAGGCACUUUGGUCGGAUGGUUUGAAUUAUAAUCAUGGAUCAGGACAUGGAGUUGGACAUUGUUUGGAUGUUCAUGAGGGACCUCAUGGAAUUGGAGUUCCAGUUUUUGGAUUUAUGAAAACGUAUGAUGUCACCAUUGAGCCAGGAUACUAUGAGGAAGGAAAUUUUGGAAUACGAAUUGAAAAUUUGUAUUUGGUGAAAGAAAGUCAAACUCCACAUCGAUUCAAUAACAAGACUUAUUUGGAAUUUGAACAGAUUACGUUCUGUCCUAUUCAACCUUCUCUUAUUGAUACUUCAUUAAUGAGCGAAAAAGAAAUUGAAUGGGUCAAUGAAUAUAAUCGACAGGUCAGAGAAAAGCUUGAACCUUUAAUUUCUCAAGACACGUUAGCUGUAAAUUACUUGAAGAGAAACACUGUGAGCAUUGCGAAGGAACCUAAUUUUGCCAAGACAACAUUGGUGGUUGUUCUUGUAAUGAUGGGAUUGAUAUUGGUUGUUUCUAUUGUGACAAAUAUUGUUUUGAUCAUUGCUCGAAAACGACAAUCUUCUGCUAGGCCUUUAACAAAUACAGAAAUUCAACCUUUAAGCGAAGAGUUGGAGUAG